AUGUCGCUCGGCCAUCACGCCUGGCCCCCGGGCAAUAUUCGCCCUCCUGAUGAGAUGCAGGAUUCCCCGCGCCCGGUCAAUGGCCUAGUCAAGACUUUAUCUGGCUCGCGCACCCCCCAAGUUCCUACCGACGGGCCCAACCCUAGCCUCAUUUCGGAGCUUGAUCUCGCCGUCGAGGAAGAUCCGCGCAUUGCCCAAUUUCGUGAGCUGUAUCGCUCCAGUGAACCGAAAAUCAAUGCGCUUUUUUCUGGCCACUACACCGCGGACGACUCGGCGGAUGUGACCGCCGAGGUUGAGCAGCCCGAUAGUCAGUCCGAACGCGUCGACGCGCCGCCCCCUCCACUGCCCCCCGCAAAAGAGGAGACGGGGGAGACAGCCGAGUCGCCUCAGAAACCCAAGUUGCCCGCGCCCGCGCAAGAGGCCAGUGGCGCGGCAGUACCUGAACACCGACCCAGUACCGCCGCAUCGGCUAAUGUGGACGGUGCGAAGGAUUCGAAGAAAGAAAGCCUAGAAGAGAUUCGCAAACAACUCGAGGAGGACAAAAAAGCGACGGAGGAGGCCGCCAAGAGGAGUUUCCACACGCUGUUUUACACCCUUGAAAAUGACCGAGACGCCAUGCUGGAUCAACAGCGAUUGGAAGAGUCUGAACGACAGGUCGAAGCGGAGAUUUCUGGUCAAGCUGCCACCGGCGCGAACAAUGCUACUGGCGGUUCCACUGGCUACAGCUCCCUGAGCAAUACUAACCUCGGGGCUUCCAGUCUAACAUUGAAGAACCUGAUCGCCCGGAUUGACAAGAAACGUGAUAUGGUGCAGGCGUCGGAUGCUGAGCUUCGAAGCCUGCUGAGUGAAGUCCGCAAGAACCGCAGCAAGUGGGCCAGUGAGGAGAAGAUUGGCCAGGAGGAGCUCUAUGAAGCGGCCGAAAAGGUCCUGAGUGAACUGAAAGCAAUGACCGAGCACUCAACUGCUUUCUUGACCCGAGUUAACAAGCGCGAUGCGCCAGACUACUAUUCAAUUAUCAAGCAUCCUAUGGACCUUGGCACGAUGACGAAAAAGCUCAAAGGUCUGCAGUACAAAUCCAAGCAGGAUUUUGUUGACGACCUUACCCUGAUCUGGUCGAACUGCCUGAAAUACAAUACCAAUCCCGAACAUUUCUUGCGCAAACAUGCGCUCUACAUGCGGAAAGAGACCGACAAGCUUGUUCCUCUCAUCCCCGACAUUGUCAUCCGAGACCGCGCCGAGGUGGAGGCCGAGGAACGUCGACUCCAACUUGCAGAGCUCGACGGCGCUGAAGAGAGCGAUGAUGAGCCCAUCAUGUCCUCCAGAGGCCGGAAAGCUCCUGGCAAAUCUGCUUCCAAAAAAGGCGCCGCCCCCUCUCGCAACACGCCCAGUGGCUCCGAAGGCCCCUCAGGGGCAGCCUCGGCGCAACCACCGGCCCCCGUGCGUGCAGACUCCGAUACUGCUAUGGAGUCAACCCAAAAUGGAUUCUCUACGCCACCCCCGGGAUCUCACACCCCCUCUGAACCUGCGGGUAUAGGAGCGGGUGUCGCAGCCAGCCAGUUGGAUGCGAUGGAAAUUGACGGUCCGACGACGUCGACCACGGCUCUCAGUGCCCUGUCUGUGCCCGGGGUUGAUUUGGACGAUCUGGAAUACAAUGUGUGGAAGCAGGUGACUAAAAAGGACCGGGCUCUAAUUGCGGCGGAACGCCACCGUCUCCUCAAGGGUGAUAAACUCAAUGCUGAAGAGCCAGCCUUGCUUCGCACGAAAGCAGGCAUGCGGCGCUGGCUUCGACAUCAGAAACAGGCCACCAUUGAAGCAGACAAAGUGCAUGACGCCGAAUCUCAGGCAAUGGAACCCAAAGGUGCUGGUGAGACCCUCGCAGAAGGUAUUGAAGUAGAGGAAGAUAGAAUGGUUCCUUACUACUACGAUGUCAUGUCGGGCGUCCCUGAUCUUCCCGAUCGGCUUGCCUGGAGGGAAGAUGCAGAAGGCAAUGUUGUCGAUGCGUCGGAGGAAUUUCUACGAGUUCUCCCACAAGGUUCCUUCAUCCAACCGGACAGUAAGCUCUCCAGGAAGAUGGAUUCGAACAUGCGACAGAUGCAAGAAACGCGGAAGGUGUGCUCAAAGAUCGGAAUUGUGAAGCAAAUGCAGCUUCAAUCUCAGAUGUACCAAAAUCAAUUUCAAAAGUAUCAGCCCGAGCCAUUUGCAGAGCACGACGCUCCGCCCCAUGUCAUGAAUGACAACGGCCCCAUCAUUGCUCCUUGGGUCUGCCGAGCAGCGUUGCAACGCUCAGUUGCCAAAGUGUUUUACCAUACGGGUUUCGAGGAGUACCAGCCGGGUGCUCUUGAUGCCGUUACCGAUGUGGCAUCGGACUUCUUCCAAAAGAUCGGUGAAACAAUCAAAUCUUACAUGGAAGCCCCCAAAGUUCCAGCAACCGAGUCUCAAGAACCAGCCUCUUCGCCCACGGACUGGAAGCCUGCCUACACCGAGCCGGAAAUCGUUCUUCACACUCUUUCUUCCGUUGGGAUUCACAUCGAUGAACUUGAAUCCUACAUGAAGGAUGACAUCGAUCGUUUGGGGACCAAGCUCUCCACUGCCCAUGAGCGUUUAAAGUCGCUCCUUGUUGAACUUCUCCGCCCUGCUCUAACUGAUACCGGCGACGACGGCUCCCACGCGUUUGCCGAUGGAAGUGAGCAAUUUGUUGGUGGUGAUUUCGCGGAAGAUAUCGACGAGGAUUUCUUCGGGUUCAAGGAAUUGGGGCUGGAUCGGGAGUUCGGUCUCUCCACCCUGAGCGUGCCGCUGCAUCUGCUUCAGAACCGCAUCGACAAAACGUCUCAGUCGCAGAACAUUAGUACCUCCCAAGCAGUCGCGCUCUUCCCGCCGCCGCCACCGUAUCCACGUAUCACGGUGGAGAACCUGUCUGACCAGAUCGGGCUAGUACAGGCGUUUUUCAAAAGCAAAUUAGAUUCCAAUAGCGAUGAGCCACUUGUGGAAGACCUCGAACUUCCGCCCAAGCAGAGACCCAUGGCUGCCCGGCCCCGUCUUCCAGCAUCGGGCAAGAUUCCCUUUUCGAGCAUCUCAGGCCCUACUUCCAGUCCUCAGAAACGUCCGGCUCCGCCCACUGGACCUGGUGCCAUAAAGGUUGGCUCGGAACCCAGCAAGAAGAAAGCCAAGAAAAACAGUGGUUUGGCGCUCGAGAUGCCCAACUUCAACGUUGAUGGAGACGGAGAACAAUCCGCUACAGGGGAAGGAACCAAAGACCCUGCCAAUGCUUCCAAGUCUCUUGAUGGAGCCGGUAUGGGUGAUAGUAUGGGCGAGACCGAAACCCUCUCCAUGCCCAAUGGAACGGCCUGA